GAAGAGAAACAAGCCUCUCUUUGAAUUUCAGAUCCCUCCUUUCCCACAUUGCUUCAAUUCAUUUCCCAUCAAUUUUUUUUUUUCUCAGGAAAUUUCAUCAAGCUUGACAUUCUUGUUUCUUGGAUUUUCGAAGGUUUCUGGGUGAUUUCUGAGAAACAAGAAUACUUACGGGUACUAAAGGGAAAGUUUGUUCUUUUUUCUUGAUUUUUUUUUUUGGGGUUGAGAGAGGGGAGAGAUGCAUAUUGAAGAAGGGUGUGAGGAUCAGGGUUCAUUGGAUGCAAAGCGGGCUUUGGUAGGAGCUGCAGCUCGGGCUCUUUUUUACCCUACUCUGGUUUACAACGUUGUCAGGAACAGGAUUCAGCCUGGGUUCCGAUGGUGGGACAGGGUCGAUGAGUUUGUUUUGUUGGGUGCUGUGCCCUUCCCUGCUCAUGUUCCAUGCUUGAAGGAACUUGGCGUUUCUGGAGUCGUCACCUUGAAUGAACCCUAUGAGACUUUGGUUCCAAGUUCGCUAUAUCAAGCUCAUGGCAUCCAGAAUUUGGUGAUUCCAACAAGAGACUAUCUUUUUGCACCAUCAUUUUCUGAUAUAAGCCAAGCUGUAUGCUUCAUUCAUGAGAAUGCAUCUCUGGGGAAGACAACAUACGUUCACUGUAAGGCCGGGCGGGGGCGCAGCACAACCAUUGUUUUGUGCUACUUGGUAGGACACCGCGACAUGACCCCUGAUGAUGCAUAUGAGUAUGUUAGAUCUAUUAGGCCAAGGGUGCUUUUAGCCUCUUCCCAGAGGAAGGCUGUUGAAGAAUACUAUCUUUGCAAGUUGAAUAAAAUUAGAAGGCCUGGAAAUGGAAAUCCCUGCUGCAGGAUAGUAAAGAAGCCUCUAUUCCUUCCAGCAAAAACAGACACAGCAUUGUUUGAUGAUAGCUCUGUUGUAUUUGUAACAGAAUCAGAUCUAGACGGAUAUGAUGCUACCCCUGACUCAAGUGUGGCUGGUAAUAAGAUAGCAGCAGUAGGGGGCCUGGCUUGCAGGUUUCAAGUUGCUAGUCAGGCUGCUAGUGCCAGACUUUCAUGCUUGUGGCUCAGAUGCCAAGCAGACCAGAAAGCAUCAGUGAAGACUGGUCAAUUGCAGAGUGUUAGUGUAGACAUUCGUGCCUAUUGAUGUGUUCAAUAUGUUAAUUUAAGAAAUUUUCAUUUCUUUCUCCUAAAGUGCUUUCCAUUUCUUCUCUUAUCCUAUUUUUGCAUUCAUUCCCCUUUCAUCUGUUGCUGAGAGUGAGAAAUUGUGAAUUAGGUACCUUUAGGACUAGGUUGAUCUUCUCCUUCAUUCCAGACAUAUGGUACUGGAGAAGGCAUGUUGUACCUGGCUAGUUAUUUUUCUCUCUUUUCCUGUAUGAGGCCAAUUGUAAUGCUGGUUUUGUUGUUCCAAUGAGGGUAUGACUGUAAGUUUGUGUACGGAUCAAACUUGUUUCAAUGAAAGAAUUUCUUUUCU